AUGGCUUCUGCCGACGGCUCGCCUGUCGAUCGCAAAAGCAAGAUCUCGAAGCGUUCUUCCAACUCAUACACCUCAGAAGAGUGGCGGAGGCAUCGACCUUUAAUAACCCAGUUAUACUUUGAGGAAGGUCGGACUCUCAAGGAUGUGGCUGAAUACUUGAAAAGAGAGUAUGAUUUUGCGCCCACUGAGCGAAUGUAUAAAAGUCGACUCCAUACCUGGGGUCUGGACAAGAAAAAGAAGGAGCAUGAGAUGCUCGAUCUGGUUCGCCAAGGCUUGCAGCAGAAGGGCGAUGACAAGGACAAAGUCUUCUUGGUGAGGGGAAGGCAAGUUACCCUCGCCGACGCCUUGCACUACUUCAACCGCAAAGGUAUCAAAGACCCCUCGAGCCUUCUGGAGCCUCAGAGAUCAGUAUCCGGCGACAUUUCUUCUCCAGAGGAUGCCGACGUCAAAACACCUCUGUCAUCCAAUGAUGACAUGCUCAACGCCACUCAAGAUGCAUCCGAUCUCGAAAUGACCCGAAGUCCCAUGGAAAUGAGCGAGCCAGAAAAGCCCACCCUGGCCUUGAGAUUGAGGACUUCCGAUGUUGCCGCCGAGCGUCUAGCGAUGUUACAGCAAGCCUUGAAUAUACCCGAACUCCCGCCGAUGCCACCCUUCCGCACGCUCUCUGUCGAAUCAUCAGUCGCGCAAGUCACAGCUUCGGCUGAAGACCAACGGUAUCAGGAUGUCAUCUUUCAAAAUAUGCAAAACCACUACAUGAAUUUGUUUACGACGCGGAAUUUGUCCAUCCGCAAUACUACCGGCACGUGGACUGCUACUUCGGACGAUGCCCUGGCCGAUAGGUUUUACUAUUCCAUGUACCAUGGCUAUUCAUUUCUCUGGAACGGCCAGCGGGAUCGGGCAUUUGACAAUUUCUACAAAGCCUUUGCGCUCAUCGAAGGUCUGUUGAAGGAUGAUCACGUUGGCUUCAUGAUUUACAUCUUUGACCUGAUCAUCCGACAUGAUGGAACUGGAUAUGAAGAACCGUUACUAAUGCUUUUACAACACUUGGCCGACAUGGCUAAAACCGUUUUCGAGUCCGAAGAUCACCCCAUCUAUGUUAUUGCCAUGCACAUGCACGAUGCCACGGCUUCGCGAGCUUGGUUAGCCGAGUCCACUUUGCGUCGAUUGCUUGAUUUCUUCCAAGAUAGCAUAGGAUAUUUCCACCCCGAAACGAUCGCCUUACUGCAGACCUUCGCAAGUGGUCUCCUAAAUCGAGAACAUUUCGCUGAAGCCGCCGUCAGAUUCCAGCAAUUGGUUGAUGCUUUUGAAACCACUGUGAACAAACGAUGCUAUGAGGUCUGCUAUGCUUUGCGGUCCACUUCUGAAGCCUUUUUCCACAUGGAAGACUACAUGCGAGCACUUCAAGCCAUCAAGGCGUCCCUGGAGCGGUCACAGACGUUGCCACGCACUGAGGAACGUGAGAUCUAUGUCCGAUGUCUGCGAGGACUGGCCGAGAUCUCGAAUAAGCUGGGUCGAAAGGACGAAGCCAAUGAAACCAUGCAAUAUGUGGUGGAUAUCUGCCGUGACGCAUUCGGACCUGAACAUCCAUUCACGAAUCGUGCUAGGAUGCAUCUCAAAACGAUUUUAAAAGGCGACGCAUCAAGUGUCUCUGCGAUCCCACCAGUCGUUUACAGAUUAGGGCGAGGUGGGAGUGCCGCCAAAUAUAUCUGGAUUUCUCGGUCAAGUCCUACUCGACUGCAGGCUUAA